AGAGGUAAAGCCAAUUUAUUUGAAGAAUCUUUUUUAUGAAGCCUAUAUGAUGAAGCAUCCUGUGUUUUGGGGAAAUCUUUUGCGACCUGUUGAACAGGUGCCAGAAACAUUUGCAGUUUGAAGUAAAAGCGUUGUAAGAUUCUAGUUGAAAGUAUAUUGAUUACUUUUCCCUGUCCGUAGUUCUAAGAUAACUAUAUAACAUCAUAACGACUAGUGGCAUUACGAGGUUAAAAUGAUUAAUGAGUGUUCCCAGUUUAUUCGGACUAAUGACCUACAGUAGUGAGUGCUGUACUCUGAGUAGAACACUUGAUGCAAAGACACUUUGUCGUAGGUCCGUGGAUAAACAGCAAAGUCGCAGGGCUCGGUCCAUGAAUGGGCUGAACUUGAACGAUAAGACGAACAAAAAGGGAGCUGAGGCACCGUCACGCCUGUUCCAUGCGGAAGUGAGACGAGAGUGAGGAGUUGAAACCUGUAAUCCCCGGGAGGUGCGAGGGCUGCGCUUCGGUCACAACAGCUAAUCGCUCUGGACUUCACGCCGAGAAGGACUGCUCCAUACUCGCAGCAGCAGUAGCCCCUUUUGCAGGGUCCUCAUGAUGUGCCAUGGAGGCCUGCUCUCUCUCCCUCUCCUGCUGCUUCUCAUCCAAGUGGGACCCUCUGUCUCCGUUCAGGAAAUUCAGACCAAACAAGAGACCAUCGUGAAGAUUAACGCCGCAGGACAGUUGAUGCAGUGCUCUGCAGGCAUUGAUAUCCUCCUGCUGAUAGACAGCUCUUACAGUGUUGGGAAGGGCAGCUUUGAGAGGUCCAAACAUUUUGCUCUGAAGUUUUGUGAGGCUCUGGAUAUCCAGCCUGACAAGGCGAGAGUGGGGGUGAUUCAGUAUAGCUCCACAGCACGGCUGGAGAUUCCGCUGGACUCCUAUCAAACUAAGGAAGAGCUGAAGAAAAGACUGAAGAAACUUUCCUUCAAGGGUGGCAGCACUCAGACGGGGUUGGGUUUUAAGUAUGUGCUGCGGAAGGGCUUCCCCGGCGGGCGUAAUGGCACCGUGCCGCGUAUCCUCAUCCUGCUCUCCGACGGAAAGUCCCAAGGCAACGUACUGGCCCUCGCUUCCGAGGUGAAGAGCACGGGAAUCAUCUUGUUUGCUGUGGGAAUCCGAUACCCCAGGUGGGAGGAGCUUCAUGGCAUGGCCAGUGAUCCCACAGAGUUGCAUGUCCUGUUUGCAGAACACUUUUAUGAUGCAAUCAAUGGCCUGUACAGCACCCUGACCACAUCCUCCAUCUGUUUUGCUGUGCCCACAGGUUGUAGGAUAGAACCUUUUCCCUGUGAGCGGAAAACCCUAGAGAUGGUCAAGGAGCUACAGGGGAAUUUUAUGUGCUGGAAGGGAUCCAAAGGCUAUGCACCUGCUACCUCCCUCUGCCCAUAUUAUAGGUGGAACCGAUAUUAUAACAAACACCCAUCCAGAUGCCACAGAACAAUAUGUCCAGACCCCUGUGACUCCCAGCCCUGUCAGAACGGGGGGACCUGCACUUCUGAGGGGCUGGAGAGGUACCACUGUGCAUGUCCCGCCGGGUAUGCGAGUGACCCCAACUGUGCCCCUAAGCUAACUCUGGAUUGCACAGUGGAUCUGCUGUUCCUUGUAGAGGGCUCUACCGCUCUCAGCCUUGAGGGGUUUCUGCGCUACAAGUCCUUCCUCAAGCGCUUCAUGCAGGCCGUGCUGGCGGCAGACACCCCCGUGAAUGUUGGCGUGGCCCAGUACGCAAGCGAGGUGCGGAUGGAGAUGAGGAUCGGGGAGUACGCUGCACUUUCGGAGCUUAUGGGGGCGGUCGAAGGCAUGCAGUUCAGCGGCGGGGACGCCAAGACGGGCAAGGCCCUCCGCUACAUCACUCGCAACGGCUUCAAGAGCACGCCGGUGUUCGCCGACGUCCAGGACGACCUGCCGCGGGUGGUGGUGCUGCUUACGGACUCCCCGUCUGUCGACGGAGUAAGCGAGCCGGCCCGAUACGCGCGGGACCGCGAGAUCUUCCUCAUCACCGUGGGACCAGAGGCGCUGAAGGGCCAGCUCAAUAACAUCACUGGGAACCCCCAGCGCACGAUUACAUACGGCAUGCCUGACGCCCUGUUCUCAAAGAUACCGGACCUCAGGGCCAAGAUCUGCAGUGUUGACAGCCAAGGCUGUUUGGGUCAGGCAGUGGACCUGGUCUUCGCCCUCGAUGCCUCAGCAGGGGUGGGGCAGGAGAACUUUGCUCGUUUGCGGGACUUUGUGAGGAGCGUCUCCGUCCAGUUCGACAUCAACCGGGACGUGGCCCAGAUCGGGCUGGUAGUGUACGGCCGCAAGCCCGUGACGGCGUUCGACCUGGACGCCCACGACUCGGGCUCCAGCGUCCUGCGCGCCAUCGGUGAGGCCGCUUACGUGGGCGGCGGCUCGUCCACGGGCAGCGCCCUGCUCCACGUCCACGGGCAGGCGCUGACUGUGCGCAAGGGGGCGCGGCCGGGGGUCAACAAGGCCGUGGUGGUCAUCACGGACGGGGCCGGGGCGGAGGACGCGGCCGUGCCGGCCCAGAAGAUCCGGGACGACGGCGUCCCGCUCGUGGCGAUCGGGAUCGGUGAUGUCCAGAGGGAGAGCCUCCUGCGCAUCACCGGCUCGCAGGAUCACAUGAUCACUGUCCCCUCCUACGAGGACCUCAAGUACUUUGAAGAUGUGCUGGUGCAGAUGUUGUGUUUGGAAGCGAAGAAGCCUGUGAAUCUGUGCAGGCCGAACCCCUGCAUGAACGACGGGAUCUGCGUUCUACUGCACGGGAGCUACCGCUGCGAGUGCAGGGGCUGGGAGGGUCCCCACUGCGAGACACGUGUCACACGGACGUCAAAUCGCGGCGACCUCCCAAGACCUGUGGCACAGCGGCGUCGGCCGAGGAAGGAUCACAGAGAGCUGCAGCACUACAGAGCCCGCUAUCGUAGGACACACUGAGCACUUACCACACACACACACACUGAUCUACAGAGCCCGCUAUCAUAGGACACACUGAGCGCUUACCCCACACACACACACACACACACUGAUCUACAGAGCUCGCUAUCGCAGGACACACUGAGUGCUUACCACACACACACACACACUCACACACAAACACGCGCUCACACACUCACACACCCACACACGCAUGCACACACACACACAUUUAUCUACAGAGCCUACUAUCACAAAACACACUGAGCGCUUACCA